AUGACAGUCUCAUUAGUUGUUAUUAUGUUUGAAUUGACUGGCAGUUUAGAAUUUAUUGUGCCAACAAUGGCAGCUGUAAUGUUUGCAAAAUGGGUUGGAGAUGCUAUUUAUAAAACGGGAAUAUAUGAUGCUCAUAUAGAAUUGAAUGGAUAUCCAUUUCUUGACAAUAAAGGAGAAUAUCCAUAUUCAACAGUUGCCGCCCAAGUAAUGCGUCCAAGUAAUGAAAUGCGUGUUAUUGAACAGAAUGGAAUGUCUGUUGGAGAAUUAGAAACUGUUUUGAGGGAAUCUAAUUGUAAUGGUUUUCCUGUAGUUAAUGAUGGUAAUCAAAUGUUGGUUGUUGGAUUUUGUACAAGAAUGGAUCUUGGUCAAGUAUUAAAAAAUGCACGUAAAACAAUGCCAUAUAUAACAACAAAUUCUCCUGUAUAUUUUACAACAACAGCAACAAAUUGUGAUACAAAUAAUAUAAAUAGUAGUAGAAAUAAUAUAAAUUCUCAACAACAACAACCAGAAACAUUUGAUAAUAUUAUUGUUGUUGACGAACAGAGAAGAAGAAGAAGGAGAGAAAACAAUGAGAGAGUAGAAGAAAAUUCUGAAAUAUCAGAACAAUUACCGGGGUCUCCAGCACCGUUGUAUAUAAAUCAUAUUAUGGAUGUGGUAAGAAAAUAA